CUAGAAAGAAUAGUUCAGAGAAUUAUAAAGAAUUUCUAUACAAAAACAAGUUCUCUUGCAAUUUGCUAUUCAGAAGAGUCAACAACUUCAUCAACAAAGUGAGAUUUAUGCUCUCGAUAAAUCUCGAUGGUUCGUAUUCGUAGAUCAAGAUAUACGCAGGAGAUUCUGUUACCAACUUCGACUACUCUCUCUACUUGGAAACCCGCCGCUGGGAGCAGCAUCGUUCCGCGGCGAGAAUCCGGAGAAGUUAUCGAAGUUAGUAGUAGCGACGACGACGAAGGAGGAUCCGAGUUAGGGGAAACCGCUAACGAUGUUGAAACCGUAGACCUAAGAACCGGUAACGAUGUUUCUGGGACGAAGAGAGCGAGGGGUGAUUCUGUAGCCUCGCCGGCGAAAAAGCUAGCGUUUAUGAUUCCGGAUGAUGAGGAAGGGUUUCCGCAGGUUUUGGCUCUCCCGGCUACUCCUUGUAACGUUGUGGCGGCGCCUUCUCCUUCGGCUUGGGGAAGUUGUAAGCAAUUUUGGAAAGCUGGAGAUUACGAAGGAACAUCUGGUGGUGAUUGGGAGGUUUCUGCUGGUGGUUUUGAUCAUGUAAGAGUACAUCCUAAGUUCCUGCAUUCUAAUGCAACUAGUCACAAAUGGUCCCUUGGAGCGUUUGCUGAGCUUUUGGACAAUGCUUUGGAUGAGGUUCAAACUGGAGCUACAUUUGUUAAUGUAGACAUGAUCCAGAACAGGAAAGAUGGAAGCAAGAUGGUCUUGAUUGAGGAUGAUGGAGGUGGGAUGAAUCCUGAAAAGAUGCGGCACUGCAUGUCUCUAGGAUAUUCUGCCAAGAGCAAACUUGCAGACACCAUUGGACAAUAUGGUAAUGGAUUCAAGACUAGUACAAUGAGACUCGGAGCUGAUGUCAUUGUUUUCUCACGUUGCAGUGGAAAAGAUGGAAAUAGCUCGACACAGAGCAUCGGCCUUCUAUCAUAUACAUUUCUAAAGAGCACCGGAAAAGAGGACAUAGUUGUACCCAUGCUUGACUAUGAAAGAAGAGGUUCUGAAUGGUGUCCAAUAAUGAGGUCUUCGGUUAGUGAUUGGGAUAAAAAUGUGGACACAGUGGUUCAAUGGUCGCCGUUUGCUACCGAAGAAGAUCUUCUUCGUCAGUUUAAUCUAGUGAAGAAUCAUGGCACAAGGAUAAUCAUAUAUAACCUCUGGGAAGAUGACCAAGGAAUGCUAGAACUUGAUUUUGACACUGAUCCACAUGAUAUCCAGCUUCGAGGGGUCAAUCGGGAUGAGAAAAAUAUUGAUAUGGCUUCUCGAUUCCCUAACUCUAGACAUUUCCUGACAUACAAGCACUCACUCAGGAGUUACGCAUCUAUUCUCUACCUAAAGAUUGCAAAUGGGUUCCGUAUCAUUCUGCGAGGAAAAGAUGUUGAGUAUCACAACAUAGUAAAUGACAUGAUGCAUACAGAAAAGAUUACUUAUCGACCAAAAGAAGGGGCUGAUGGAUGUGCUAAGUACUCAAAUUUGUCUGCUGUUGUGACCAUUGGAUUUGUGAAGGAUGCAAUACAUCAUGUGGAUGUUCAAGGCUUUAAUGUUUACCACAAAAAUCGCCUUAUUAAGCCAUUUUGGAGGAUAUGGAAUGCAGCAGGAAGUGAUGGUCGUGGGGUCAUCGGUGUCUUGGAAGCUAAUUUCGUUGAGCCUGCCCAUGAUAAGCAAGGGUUUGAGCGCACAACAGUUUUGUCUAGACUUGAGGCACGGCUACUUCAGAUGCAGAAGGAUUAUUGGAAAUCUAAAUGUCACAAAAUUGGAUAUGCUCCGAGGCAAGGCAAAAAGUCUGCUAAGAAUACUGAAGAAGACAGAGAAUCAUCACCAGAAUAUGAUCGUAAAGGAGCUGUCUCAUCCAGGAGAAGGACCGCUGCUUCGAGCUUUAAAACUUCAACUGCUGCUACAAGCUUUAAAACUUCAACCGCAGCUUCAGAAAAAUUCAACACAAGAUCAAAUGUGAAUGGAGGAGGAAAAGGAUCGGUGAAAGGUUCUAGAGACACCGGGUAUAAAUCAUCAGAGAAAGGUGGUAAGCUUGGAAACUCCUCUUCCAAAUCUAACCAACGCGCAAAGCCUCAAGGAGCUCGUGCUUUGGAGGUCAUCAAUAGUGAUGAUGACUAUGAUCCUGAUUCUUCACCAGAAAGAAAUGUCACUGACCUUCAUGAGAAGAGUUCCGAACUACCAAAGCCUCAGUCUGGUUCGCCUACCCUCAGUCAAUUGGAACAAGAGAAUAAAGAGUUAAGAGAGAGGCUCGAUAAAAAAGAAGAAGUUUUCCUGUUGCUACAAAAGGACGUGCGACGUGAGAAAGAGCUUCGCAAAACACUUGAAGCUGAGGUUGAAACAUUAAAGAAAAAGUUAGAAGAGACGGAGAAAGAGCAAGAGAAUUUAAUCGAUGUUUUCUCACAGGAAAGAGACAGACGCGACAUGGAGGAAGAAAAUCUCAGAAAUAAGCUAGAGGAGGCGUCAAACACAAUCCAGAAGUUGUUAGAUGGGAAAGCUGGAGGCAGAAGAUAAAGCGUUGUAACCAGACGUUAGAGGUGCAUUGAUGAUAGUACUGAGGGGCAUCUUACAUAAUUGACUGAGUAGGUUGUUUGCUUUAAAUCCUCUUUUUGUUGUGGUGUAUGGUCUCUAGCCUGACCAAACCAGAGUUAGGAGAGAAGUGGGAUAUUGUUGUAAAGUGAGGUUAUUGGUUUAAUGUUUAAAAACAUUUGAAUUUGGUUCUCGGCAUU